AUGGCCGGGAGGGCUUUUGCACAACUGAGACUUGUACGCCAGCUACGACCGACGCCCAAAGAGGGGAACCCUGACGACACGGUGGUGGAGAUGAAGACGGACAGACGGAACGAACAGACGGGGCUCCUGAGCCACGGAGGGGGAGGCGGUGGUGGUGGAGGCACCAACGAGCUCACAGUCUACCUUGGAAAGAGGGAUUUUGUCGACCACAUAGACGUCGUCGAUCCCGUUGAUGGCGUUGUGUUGGUGGAUCCAGAAUACCUAAAAGAACGUAAAGUUUUCGUCACGCUGACCUGCGCCUUCCGCUACGGCCGCGAGGACCUGGACGUGCUGGGCCUGACCUUCCGGAAGGACCUCUUUGUGGCCAACGUCCAGGCCUUCCCUCCAGUCCCGGAAGAGAAGAAGCCUCUGACGCGGCUCCAGGAACGGCUGAUUAAGAAGCUGGGAGAGCAGGCGUACCCCUUUACCUUCGAGAUCCCUCCUAACCUUCCCUGUUCGGUGACGUUGCAGCCGGGACCUGAAGAUACAGGAAAGGCUUGCGGUGUUGACUAUGAAGUCAAAGCCUUCUGUGCGGAAAACCUAGAAGAGAAGAUCCACAAGAGGAACUCUGUGCGCUUGGUGAUCCGCAAAGUGCAGUAUGCGCCGGAGCGACCAGGACCGCAACCUAUGGCAGAGACCACCAGGCAGUUCCUCAUGUCCGACAAACCCUUGCAUUUGGAGGCCUCUCUGGAUAAAGAGAUCUACUACCAUGGGGAGCCCAUCAACGUCAACGUCCACGUGACCAAUAACACCAACAAGACAGUGAAGAAGAUUAAAAUCUCAGUACGGCAGUAUGCAGACAUUUGCCUGUUCAACACAGCGCAGUACAAGUGCCCCGUGGCCGUGGAGGAGGCAGAUGACGUGGUGGCUCCGAGUUCGACGUUCUGCAAAGUCUACACGUUGACCCCGUUCCUUGCCAACAACCGAGAGAAACGCGGCCUGGCCUUAGACGGGAAGCUCAAGCACGAGGACACCAACCUGGCCUCCAGCACACUGUUGAGAGACGGCGCCAACAAGGAGGUCCUGGGCAUCAUCGUCUCCUACAAAGUGAAAGCCAAGCUGGUGGUCUCUCGAGGAGGCCUCCUGGGAGACCUGGCGUCCAGCGACGUGGCUGUGGAGCUGCCCUUCACCCUGAUGCACCCCAAGCCGAAGGAGGAGCCCCUGCAUCGAGACGUUCCAGAGAACGAAGCUCCCAUUGACACAAAUCUCAUAGAGCUUGACACAAAUGACGAUGACAUCGUCUUCGAGGACUUUGCGCGGCAGCGGCUGAAGGGCAUGAAGGACGAGAAGGAAGAGGAGGAAGACGGGACUGACUCCCCGCAGCUCAACGACAGAUAAGCUGGAGAGCUUCUUCCCAUCGCUCUCCCUCUCUUUGGGUCCAUCUAGACCAGGCCUGAGCCAACUUGGGCCCUCUAGGUGUUUUGGACUUCAA